AAAUAUUAUAUUUUGUCGAUUAUUUAUUAAAAUCACAAUUCACAGAAAUUACAGGGAUACAACGAAAUACCUAGGUUUUAAUUAUUAUAAUGAUUUUUGAAUAUAAUAACAACUAUAAGAACAGUAACGUGUAACUUAAUUAAUUAUCCGGUCAUAUAAAUCAAAAUGUUGGGCAUACGUUUUAGUAUUGUGAGAAGAUUCUUCAGACGAAUUAUGAAACCAAUGACUGUUCAAGAAGCAGAAGCAAAAAGACUUUUUUUCGCUAAAGGAUACUUUUUUUUUAGUGCAUUAGCACUUGGUACUGUGUUUUAUCAAAUAGGACAAGGAAAACUAGAAUGGUUAGACGCUGAAGGAUUAGUUCCAGAAGACGAACAAAAACUUUCUCCUGGAUUUCGUUAUGCCCGGAUGUUAGGAGUUGAACAAGCUACUGUUGUACGAGUGAAAGGCUUAGAAAUAUUGAAUAAAAAAGAGUACCAAAAGGACACAUUUGAUAUUAAACAACACAUUGAAGAAGAAGAGGCUAAUCUAAAUUCAGAAGGUGUAGAAAAAACAUUUUUAAAGAUAAAAGGAUGAAACGUUAAUAAAUAUCUAGUCUGUAUAAAUUGUUUGUUUUGUUUUGUGUAAAAAUAAAUUAUCAAUUAUAUUGUUUAAA